ACAAUGACCUCUCUCGUGCACCACAUCAUGGAGGACGCCCAAAAAAGGCCCAAGGGUAUCCUAAAGAACUCUAGUGGCUCGAUUCCGCAGAUCGCGCAAGUUCAUGACAACUUGACCGUCCCGCAGCAGAACAACCCCGACGGGGUCGACACUAAAGAACUGACAUUGCAAAAUACUCUUCAAAAUGCCGGUCGCCGUCGCUCUAUCUCGAACACGCGCCCUGGAUCCUCGUCUCGGCGACAAUCAGUGGCGCAAAUCCACGGUCAACCGGAAGACAACUCGCCGCGCUUGAAAUGGGAUGAGGCCAAUUUGUACUUGACCGAACAGGAGAAGACGGCCAAGAUGAAGAUUGAUGAACCCAAAACACCGUUUGCACCUCAUUACGACCCCGCUGAGGAUGAGGAGGAGGAGCUUGAAGCAGAGACUACUUUAAUUGACGCGCAGGGAGUGGUGGUAGAUGAACUGGACAAGACAAUGAAGGCACCUAAGAGAGCAGUGACCGAAGACGACAUUCCUGAGUUGGAGUUGGGCGAGCCGGAAGAGUCAUUCGCUGGAGAUGCGCACGCUGGGGGAAAUGACCGGAUCGUGCGCGAACGGAGCCUGAGUAAUGAGUCGCACCGAAGCAACAAGCAUGUGGUCAUGGGUGCGGGCGACGCAAAUGGCGAUUUAAAAUCCGGGCCUGAUGGGCUGAUCACGUCGCAAGAGGCCGCGGAGAAGCAUCGUCAGUUUGAGCAGCACCGGAAGCAGCAUUACGAGAUGCGUAACAUCAAAGAACUCCUGGCCCAUCCCGAAUUGGAUGAAAUGGACGAGGACGAUGACGAAGUUGAAGAGGGAUCCACAACCGCGGCAGUACCACCACCUAUGCCCCAGAUUCCAGGGCCAUUUCUCAACGGCAGCAGAUCCGAUUAGCGGAAAAACAACUGGCUUUGAUCUUGUCUGUUGCGCUCUGAUUACUUUGACCUCCAUUACUUGCUGCAUACAUCUCCUAGCUGUAUAUUCCCAAGCGUUGGCUUUGGGUCCGAACGACCCUGUAUGUGCUCUACGAAGUGUAACUCUUUCAUUGCACUUUUUUUU